UAAAGCUCACUAUGUUUGAAUCCCGCCGCGGUUUGUUCGCGUUGAACCCGAACACACAGUCUGACCCGAACACACAGACAGAGAGGCUUCGGAAUAAAGUUCAUUUAACGCGUUAUUACUGCGCACACUUCGCUCUUCGUGCUAGCUUUCACGUGCUUCUGGCUAGCGGCGGAACCAUUGUUUGUUAGCAUGCUUGCUAACCUUCACUGCUGGUUUGUCUGCAGGUGUAAACGCACUACAGGUGAACAGGGACACAUGUCAAACAUAUCUCUUUAUAUAUCUAUAAAGGUGAACUUAAUAUGAAGUCUUUAAACUUCUCUUGCAGUUUAAAGAUAUUCACUUAACAAUAAUACAAACACAGAACAGCAGAUUCAUUUGUUAUAUAUAUUACUCAAAAUGAUAAAUGGAUCAGAAUUGUUGAUUUCCUUUAUGUUUAUACAGAAUAAACAAUGAUGUCAGCCGCCAACCAAACAUUAAAGAAGACUUCAUCCUGCUGUUGAUUCCUCUUCUUCCUCCUCUUCAUCCUUCUUCAUUGUAGGGUUCCAACACAUGAACCUGUGUCAUCACAAGACUUCAGAGCUGAUUCAUUGAGUUUCACUUUGAUACUCAAUGAAUCAGCUUUACAGAAAGAUUCUUCUUAAACGUGAACGUUAAAUAAAUGAUGUGCAGAUUAGUGGAUGGUGUCGCCGCCUGGGAAGGAGCUCCUCUCAUGAGAAGUGUUUCCUGUUUGUUUCCCUGCAGAAGAUGUCGGCGACUUGUCCCCUCGUUUCUCUUCAUUCACACUCGCACCAGCAGAGCAUCCUGAGCAGAUUCAACGAGCUGAGGAGGAGAGACGUCCUGUGCGACGUCACGCUUGUGGUGGAGGACGUGCACUUCAAGGCACACAGAGUCCUGCUGGCCGCCAGCAGCGAGCACUUCUCUGUCAUGUUCAGGGCGGAGCCUCAGAGCGGGCAGGCGACCUGCCGGCUGCACGGCGUGUCUGCAGAGAUGUUUGCAGCCGUGCUGGAGUUCAUCUACAGCGCGCAGGUGUCUGUGCUGGAGGGCGCCUCGCCGCGGCUCCUCGCCGCGGCUCGUCUCAUGGAGGUCAGCGACCUGGUGGAAGCGCUCACGGAGCUCCCGCGCUCUGCGGAGGAGGCUACAGGUGAGGAGGCGAAGGUAGACGCACCUGAGGUGCCAGAUCUGUCCAAACGCAGAAGAGGACGACCAAAGAAGAAUGUAGCAGAGCCGGAGGGGAGAGGUGCAGCGUGCGGGCGCUCCGAGGACGAGCAGUGUGCUGAGGCAGCGACAGACUCGCAGCCUAAAGACGAGACGGAUUAUAACCCAGGACUCCACCAGAGCCGGCAGAGCAAACGGAAGAUCAGGCCCCCCGUGAAAUACAAGAGCUACAAGGUGAGCAGCGACACGGCAGGAAGCAGAGAGCCGGGGAAGAGAGGCAGGAAGAGGAAGUACCCCCGAACGGAGGCUCGCUGCGACGACUGCAGCAAAGUGUUCAAGAACCACCUGUUCUUAAAGAUCCACCAGAGGACUCACACAGGAGAGAAGCCUUUCCAGUGCCUGGUGUGUGUGAAGGCUUUUACACAGAAGCACACGCUGCAGGUGCACCAGCGCAUGCACACGGGAGAGAAGCCGUUUGUGUGCAACGUCUGCUGCAAGGCGCUCUCCACCAAACACGCCCUGCAGGAGCACAUGAACCUGCACCAAGGUUACACACGUUACACACCUUGGGAUAAAUGUGGAAAGAAGUUUCACUCAGAAGAGGGCAACCUGAAGAGUCACUACAGAGUUCAUACAGGCAAAUCAUUACCAGAAUGUGUUCAGUGUCAUCACAAGUUCAUGGACACGGCUCAGCUGAAGAAGCACCUGAGAACUCACACAGGUGAGAAGCCUUUUACCUGCGAGAUCUGUGGGAAGUGUUUCACAGCUAAGAGCACGCUGCAGACUCACAUCAGGAUCCACAGAGGAGAGAAGCCGUACGACUGCAGCCUCUGCAACAAGUCCUUCUCAGACCCGAGCGCCAGACGCAGACACGUGUCGUCCCACUCGGGGAAGAAACCCUUCACCUGCUCCUUCUGCAGCCUCUCCUUCACCCGCCUGGACAACCUGAAGACGCACACCAAGUCACACAACAAGGAACGAGCGGCGCCAUCAGAGGAAGCCGCUGCGCCGCCGGAGGACGUGCGGAACAUCCUGCAGCUGCAGCCGUACCAGCUGCCCCCCAGCUGCGAGCAGGAGAUCCAGCUGGUGGUGACGGGAGACGACAUCAACUUUGUGCCGGGUCAGAACCAGGAGAUCCUCAUCACUGAGGGGCAGGCGGCGGCCCCCUCCAGACUCACCCUCCUCACCCAGUCGGCAGGAAAUGUGGCUCAGAGCGGCGGCGUGGACCCGAGCUCCCACAUCCAGACUCUGAGCGUGCUGGAGGGCCCGGCGCAGCAGCCCGAGCAGAUGCACGUCAUCACUCUGAGUAAAGAGGCCAUGCAGCACCUCCAGGCGCACCACGGCCCCCCGCAGCCCCUCCAUGUCGCACAGCGGCCCGUCCAGCAGCUGCAGGUGCUGCACCAGCCGCUGACCGUGGACGCCUCGCAGGGGCCGGGGGGCCGCGAGCAGCACGGCCAGGCCAUUCACAUCAGCAGCCAGAGCAGCCAGCCCAUCUCCAUCAGCCAGACCAGCGAGCAGAUCUCCAGCCACCACAUCCAGGGACAGACCUUCCAGAUCCAGGCAGGGACCGUGUCCUACCUGUACACCACCGGUGACCACAGCUGAAGCUGCAGGAGAGCUGAAGCUGCAGGAGAGCUGAAGCUGCAGGAGAGCUGAAGCUGCAGGA